UUGUCUCUUUUGUAGCAGGAACAGCAGUAUUACGUCAAUAUGAUCUUGGUGAUCAAGUUGCAAGUGCAGGGUUAUGGAAAAUUUAUGGAGGAACGAAAAAGACCACAGGUCAAAAAGUAGCAGUAUUUAUGUUUGAGAAAAAAUUUAUAGACAAUACUUUACGAAAGGGAUAUGAAAAGAAAGAAAAUGAAAAAGUAUAUCAAGUUUUAAAGAGAGAGGUAAAUAUUUUACCAACAGAAAAUGAAAAUAUUUUAGUUGAAGCAGUAGAAGAAUCAAGAACAGUCAUUACAUUUGCCACAGAGCCAAUACUAGCAUCACUCUCUAAUCUAUUAAAUAAUCAUGACAAUUUAUCACCUGUUCCUGAUGAUAUCAAGAAUUUUGAAAUGGAUGAAUUAGAGAUUCAAAAAGGCUUAUUACAAGUUGGAAAAGGUUUACAGUUUUGUCAUAAUGAUGCUAAAAUUGUUCAUUCAAAUCUAGUUCCUGAAGCAAUAUUUGUAAAUGUUAAGACUGGAAAAUAG